AUUUUUUUUCACUUAUAUAUUGUUAAGUCCCACUCACUAUUAAAAAGGAAGUAGCUGAAUUGUCAGCUAUAUCGCCAAUGAGUCUAUCGAAAAUACCACGUAAUGGGAGCGUUGCAGUAAUAGGAGCUGGAGUAUCAGGUCUUUCUUUCAGUUAUUUUUUAACCAAACUUAGGCCUGAUAUUAAAAUCACUAUAUUUGAAUCUCAAAAACAGCCUGGGGGAUGGAUCAAGACUAUCAAUUUGCAACAAGAAACAAAUGAAAAAGUACUUUUAGAAAAGGGCCCCAGAACAUUAAGAGGUGUCAGUGAUGGAACUUUACUUAUUAUUGAUAUACUUAAAAACAUUAAGUCUACUAAUGAAAUCGAAGUUAUGGAGUCUAGUUCUAUAGGCAAUAGGAAGUAUUUAGCCGGGAAAGAUCACAAGUUAGUAAGAGUACCAUCUAAUUUCAAAUCUGCUGUCAAGUUUUUCCAAAAUGACAUUUUCAAAGGAGGUUUUAAGAGUAUCCUACGUGAGCCAUUUGUUAGAACGAAGUUAGGACAGAAUGAAGACCAGAGCAUAAGGGAAUUUUUCAAGAGAAGAUUCGGUAGUACAUUACUAUGUGACAACAUAUUAAGUGCUAUAGUUCAUGGUAUUUAUGCUGGAGAUGUUGGAAAGCUUAGCGUACGAAGUUUAUUCCCGAGAUUAGUAAAACUUGAAGAGAGCGGAUCUAUUAUCAAAGGGAUGAUUAGGAGUUCAUUUCUGAAACCAGAGCCUUUAAAUAUGGAUAAGAGUUUAAAAGCUUAUGAAUCAUUAAUAUCACCUAAGGCGGACUUAUUAGCAUUGAAGACCAAAUUGAAACCAUUUCCCAUUAUCAAAUUACAAAAUGGAUUACAACAAUUUCCAAUAAAGUUAGCAUCAUACUUAACGAAGUCCAACCCGAAGGUAACGAUCGAGUAUGAGAGUAACAUAAGACUUGUCGAUCCUAAAGCUGGACUAUUGAAGAAUGGCGAAAAAGAAUAUAAAUUUGAUCAUAUUAGAUCAACCAUCAACACUCAUCAAUUUGCGAAUAUUUUGCAAGGCUCUAAUUUAUCAAAAGAAUUAUCAAAAAUGGAGUAUGUCAGUAUAUUUUUAGCGAACGUCUAUGUAUCUAAAACAAAUGUUUUGAUACCAAAAGAAGGGAAUGGGUUUGGCUUCCUUGUGCCUUUACUGAAGGAGAAUCCCGAAAAAUUACUAGGGGUUAUCUACGAUUCUGAUAAUGAACAAAAUGUUAAAGGUUUAUUUAAUGAUUAUAAGUUAGACAAUAAGAAGACAGACUAUGAAAAGAUCACAAUAAUGAUGGGAGGCCAUUUUUAUAACAAAACAGCCAUUCCUUCACCAGCAAGCCUCCUUAAGUCAAUUGAAUCGGUUUUGCUGAAAUAUCUUAAUGUUAAUAUGCAAAAUUAUAAUGUAAUUAUCCGAGAUGAGGCUGCAAUAGAGGAUAAGAAGAUCCCCACACUCAACUCGAAUGAUUUACUUAUUUCAUACGACAUUCAUAAAAACUGUAUACCACAGUUCAAUGUGGGAUAUUCCGAUUUGGAUGAAAAAGUGAAAACCCUUUUAUCUGGCGAAUUCCAAGGCCGGUUAUCUUUGGGUGGUAUGUGUUUUGGCAAGGGUGUCGGGGUUCCUGAUUGUGUUUUGAACGGGAUGGAAGAUGCAUUAAAACUUGUAUAGAUUAUCAUAUAUUUAU